UUAUUUUUCAUGGCUACUAUUGAAACUCUCCAAUCAAAAGAACAAAAAGCAAAUUGGAAUUCAAAUUCCUGCUUUGGUAUGCAUAUGAUAUCUUGAUGUACUGAGCUCAAAUGGGUUGUUUUUGGAAACUGUCUUUAUUUAAAAUGCUUUUGGAAGCAAGAUUCAUGUAGAAGAAAGUUAUUUUGAAAGACGUAGAAGAGAAGUUCUUAAUUUUUCAAUUGUCUAGUAAUGUUUUGUUUUUGUUUUCGUAAAGUGCUUUGAAUUUGAAGUGGUUGUGGACGUAAGGAAAAGAUAUAGAAGGGAAAGUACUGUGUUUGGUUGAUCAGAAUUGUGAAGGAUUUGUUUUUGAUUGGUGGUAGAAGAAGAAAAUGGAGUAUGAUAGUGAUAGUUUUACGAGAGAUGAGAAUAAUAAUGACAUUGAGAUUGAAGGAGGAAGCUUGAAUGGUGAUCAAAGGAAGAAAUAUGACGGGUUCGGACCAGAAACACCGGAUCAUGGAAAAGAAUUUAGCAUGAUGGUGAGAGAGCCAUUGUUGCUUAGGAACAGGACCAAUACUACUUCACAGAUUGCCAUUGUUGGUGCCAAUACAUGCCCCAUUGAGUCUCUCGACUAUGAAAUUGUCGAGAAUGAGCUUUUUAAGCAAGACUGGAGAUCAAGAACAAAGGUUGAGAUAUUUCAGUAUAUUGUUCUCAAGUGGGCACUUGCACUCCUCAUUGGGCUGGCUACAGGGGUUGUUGGCUUUCUCAAUAAUCUUGCUGUUGAAAAUAUAGCUGGGGUCAAACUUCUUCUGACCAACAGUCUCAUGCUUAGAAAUAAGUAUUUUCAGGCAUUCGCUACAUAUGCAAGUUGCAACAUGGUUUUGGCUAUAAUUGCUGCAGCUCUCUGUGCUUAUAUUGCCCCUGCUGCGGCAGGAUCAGGUAUUCCUGAGGUGAAGGCAUACCUCAAUGGCAUAGAUGCUCAUUCUAUAUUGGCUCCGAGCACCCUCUUUGUAAAGAUUUUUGGUUCCAUUUUUGGAGUUGCUGCUGGAUUUGUUGUCGGUAAGGAAGGACCUAUGGUACAUACUGGUUCUUGUAUAGCCAAUUUACUUGGACAAGGUGGUUCACGAAAGUACCAUUUGACCUGGAAAUGGCUCAGAUACUUCAAAAAUGAUCGAGAUCGCAGGGAUUUAAUUACAUGUGGUGCAGCUGCCGGUGUAGCAGCUGCCUUCCGUGCCCCUGUUGGCGGGGUUCUCUUUGCCCUCGAAGAAGUAUCUUCAUGGUGGCGGAGUGCUCUUCUUUGGAGGACAUUUUUCACAACAGCUGUAGUGGCAAUGGUUUUGAGAGGUCUGAUAGAAUUCUGUCGGAGUGGAAAAUGUGGACUCUUUGGGAAAGGUGGUCUGAUCAUGUUUGAUGUCUUUUCUUCAACGAGCAGUUACAGCACUGCUGAUUUGCUUGCAGUUAUUUUCCUUGGAGUUAUUGGAGGAGUUUUGGGAAGCCUUUACAAUUACUUUGUGAACAAAGUUCUUCGUACAUAUAGCAUCAUCAAUGAGAAAGGUCGUUCAUUCAAAUUUCUGCUUGUCAUCAUUAUAUCACUUUUGACCUCAUGUUGUUCCUAUGGCCUGCCAUGGCUUUCAAAGUGCAUUCCUUGCCCUUCUUACCUAAAGGUGGAACAAUGCCCUACUGUGGGUCGUUCUGGAAACUACAAGAAUUUUCAAUGUCCGCCUGGCCAUUACAAUGACCUUGCUUCUCUCUUUUUCAACACCAAUGAUGAUGCAAUCCGCAACCUGUUUAGCUCUGGCACUGCACAGUCAUUUCACCUCUCCACCCUUCUAGUUUUCUUUGCUGCUAUAUACUGCCUUGGCAUUAUCACUUAUGGUAUUGCUAUUCCCUCUGGGCUCUUCAUUCCAGUCAUACUUGCCGGUGCCUCUUAUGGACGUCUUGUCGGGACAUUCCUUGGUUCUCUAUCUGAUCUUGACAGUGGUCUCUUUUCCCUUCUUGGAGCUGCUUCCUUUCUGGGUGGCACGAUGAGAACGACUGUGUCUCUCUGUGUUAUACUUCUUGAACUUACUAAUGACUUAUUGAUGCUCCCAUUGGUGAUGCUUGUUCUUCUUAUUUCAAAAACUGUGGCCGAUUGUUUCAACAUGGGUGUCUAUGACCAAAUUGUCACGAUGAAGGGGUUGCCUUAUCUGGAAGCGCAUGCUGAACCAUACAUGAAGAACUUGGUUGCAAGCGAUGUCGUUUCUGGUCCCUUAGUUUCAUUUUCUGGUGUUGAGAAAGUGGGGAAUAUCAUACAUGCAUUGAAGAUGACAAGGCAUAAUGGUUUCCCUGUGAUUGAUGAGCCACCUUUCUCGGAUGCUCCAGAGUUGUGUGGACUAGUCUUGAGGUCUCAUCUUCUUGUUUUGCUUAAAGGAAGGAAAUUUACCAAACAGAAAAUCAUGACAGGAUCAGAAAUCAUGAGGAGCUUCAGGGCUCGUGAUUUUGCAAAAGCUGGAUCAGGCAAAGGAGUGAAGCUCGAAGAUUUGGAUAUUCGUAAAGAUGAAAUGGAUAUGUAUGUUGAUCUCCAUCCCAUUACCAAUGCUUCCCCAUACACAGUUGUGGAAACAAUGUCACUCGCUAAAGCAGCCAUUCUCUUCCGGGAGCUUGGCCUCCGGCACUUGCUUGUGGUGCCAAAAACACGUGGGAGGCCGCCGAUCGUGGGAAUCCUAACAAGGCAUGACUUCAUGUCGGAGCACGUAUCAGGACUCUACCCUCACAAGUAGGCGAAUAAGCAGCAUGCCAUUUGAGACCUUUACCACAAUUAUGAAAUCUAUUUUCUUCUUUACCUUAUUUCCUUCUCUUUAAAGAUUUCGCUUGCGUGUAUACAAAAAUUCUUUGUUUGGUACAUUUUAAAUCUUAUUCAAAUACUCAAAGUAUCAUCAGUUUUAUUA